AUGUUCUCAGCACUCUUCAUCCUUGCUUUCUCUAUCCUCGUCGCACUUGGCUCUCCGGUUCCCUCUCGUUCUUGUGGAGUGACCAGUUAUGGUCCUUUCAGACUCUACGCUGCUACCGGCGGUUCCUCUGACUCGCAGCUUGUUCGCCUUGUCAAGACGGGCGUGGAUUCCAACAAGAAUACUAUAUCCACAAUGACGACUUGCGAAUCAUGCGGCGAUGCUCCUGCCUACUGGACCCUCAAUGACUCUGUCCUCACGCCAGUCUUCUUCGCCGUCGAUGACGAUGUAACAACUGUUAAUAUGCCAUUGACACAAGGUAAAGUCAACUUUGUGACCGGUCCAUCAGACACUCUUGUCAAGUUUGCGAGCUACUGUGCGGUGCGUAGCUCGUCCACCGGCGGCGGUUUGCCUGGUUACCUUGCCGUCAACGGAGACGCCGAAAACUUUUCCGUCUGUUCGUUCAUCGGCACGCCCGGUCCAGCGCAUCGUCGCGACAUCUACUACGCACAGGGAUCUACUCCCAUUGCAAAUCAUUGCCAACCAGUCCACCUCAUCAUGCAAUCCAUUGGCAUUAUUCCCGAGCCUAUUCCAGCAUGA